AUGACAAUCGGCGAGCGCAUCGGAUUCGUCACCUUGGCCACGACUGACAGCUACGCUGCUGGAGCUCUCGUCCUAGCGCGAUCACUUAGACAAGUCAAUACUGUUGCCGAACUCGUCUGCUUGGUCAGCAAUUCUAUCAGUGAAGGAACUCGAACCCGACUCGCGUCCGAAUUCGAUGAUGUUAUCGUUGUUGACGUUCUCAACUCCAACGACGAUGCUAUGCUCACGCUUUUGAAGCGACCAGAGCUUGGUGUCACACUGACAAAGCUUCAUUGCUGGAAACUGACCCAGUAUAAUAAAAUGGUAUUCCUCGACGCUGACGCCCUGGUCGUCAAGAACAUUGACGAUCUCUUCCAACGGGAGGAAAUCUCCGCUGUUGCCGAUUGUGGCUGGCCAAGUUGCUUCAACUCCGGCGUUUUUGUCUUCAAGCCAUCCGUGGACACAUUCAACGAGCUGAUCGAAUUCGCAAAGAACGAGGGAAGCUUUGACGGUGGCGAUCAAGGCCUCUUGAACGACUUCUUUUCCGAUUGGUCCACAAAAUCCAUCGAUAGAAUUCUCCCCUUCGGAUACAACGUCCACGCCGCCGCUACCUACGCUUAUGUCCCUGCUUUCCGUCGAUUCAAAGAUCAGGUCAAGGUCGUCCACUUUCUCGGUAGCACCAAGCCCUGGACAUCCAAGAAUCCACCACAGGGCGAAUUCUCCCAAUUCUGGCAGCUCUGGUGGUCUCUCUACGAGUCCAAUAACCAGGCAAAAAGCUCCGAAAACGUCUCCCAGAACACUUCAAACAAUAACUCCGUCGAAACGCCUGUCAUGACGCCUUCAGGCUUCGCUGCUGUCGGCCAGAGUCAACCAGGAUUCACACCAACUAGCCCUGCCAAAGCUGGAUUCGACAUUAUCCAGGACCAUUUGAACGCUCAGCUCUCCUCCGAAGCUUCAGAACCCGCUCCAAAGUUCGACAUCAAGCCAUCAAAACUUGCACGGCCGGUUUUAUUCCGAGAGCAGAGUCGCAAAUCAUCAGAGCCAGAUUCGGGACACGGAUCAGAAGCAGAAGAGAGCAACAAAACUACUCCAAAGUUGAAAGCAAAGCCGAAGUUGAUUCUCAAACAAGCAAGCCCUAAACUGCAGCUGAAAUCGAGUCCUCCGAUGUUCAAAUCAGAGCCAAAACAGACAGCAUUUCAGCCACAAGUUCCCCUCAAAACUUCUCAAAUCUUGAAGAACGAGAACAAAAUUCAAGAGGAAGAAAUCACGGAAACCGUCGUUUUGACCCAACAAAAGUUGGUUCCAGAGCAACCGGAGCUCGUAGAAAGCAGCUUCUCGACUGAUGAAUCUUCUUCUACCCACCCAAACACGUCGGAUUAUAUCGAAGAAGCAAAACGAAUCUGCGCCGGAGUUUUCAACAAUAUCUCGGAGCGGUUUUCCGGCGAAAAGGGCGAGGUCGAAAGCGAAGAUUUCGAAAACGAAGAAAGUCGGGAAAGAGCCAGAUCCUACGCGAUUGUCGACGAUAGAAGCAUCUUGGCUACUGAGCGAGAAGAAGCUCCCAUCAGAAAAUCACCAUCGAUGACGGAAUUGCUUUUAUCGCAAAACGGCGUCCUCAUUUUUGGAAUCCUCGGUGCCAUCGUCUCCGCUGGAUACAUGUACUUCCGAUACCAAUACUCCUAG